UCACGUUCCUUGUUACGUAGCUGUGUAUAUAUAACGCUGCCUGACCCAGGGAAGGCACAGUUCAUCAUCAGACACUGCACAACCCCUAAACAAACAACAAUGAACAGCAAGAUUGUAGUAUUCAUCUGCGUUUUCGGAGUGGCCGCUGCGAGCGUUGUCGCUCCAGUACCCGUUGCCCGAGUGGAAUCCUUCCCUCAAUACUCCUACGGUUACAAUGUUCAAGAUUCUCUAACUGGCGAUUACAAGGGACAUCAGGAGCAGAGAAAUGGAGACGUCGUCACUGGCUCAUACUCAGUCGUUGACCCUGAUGGUACCAGAAGAAUCGUCGACUACGCUGCCGAUCCUAUCAAUGGUUUCAACGCUGUUGUACGUCGUGAACCGCUAGUAGUAGCUGCAGCAGCUAAAGUUAUUGCUCCAGCUGCCGUAGUACCAGCACCUGUGGUCGCCAGAGCACCUGUUUUCGCCCCAGCCCCCGCACCCCUCCUCGCCCCCAGACUACCCUACUACUUCUAGAUGAAAUAUUACAAUUUUGUUGUGUUGCUGUAUAUAACUAUUAAACGUUAAGGCCCAUUUUUUGAUAAUUGUUAUUUAUGUAUUAAAUGAAUUCAAAUUA